CGCCCCGGCGGUCGUCCCGCGGCGGAGCGGCGGAGCGGCGCUCGUGCUCGUCGUCCUGUCGGCGGCCGCUAGCGCCCCGGGGACGCGGGAGGGUCGCGGGGAGCCGGGGCGUCCGUCCUUUGUGAGGGUGCGGGACGGAAUGUGGGCGCUGCGGAGGAGUUUUCUCGCCUGCUGGAACUCCGGGGCGUGUGGACCGACCGGGAGCCAUGGACUGAGGGCGUGAGCGGCGCGGGGCAGUCAUGACUUCUGCCGCCGAGCUUAAGAAGCCACCACUGGCUCCCAAGCCAAAGUUAGUGGGGACAAAUAACAGGCCACCUCCCCCUCCCAUUGCACCUAAACCGGACAUCGUAAAUGCUAGUGUUCCACGGUUGACAAAGAAAACCAAACCGGCCAUCGCACCAAAACCAAAAGCCCUGGCAAACUCAGUUGCUGAAGACAUCAAGCAGUCACCCUCCAAGAAACUCCCUGUGAACCUGGAGGAGCAGGAGCCAGAAUUACCCGAAAGCACCAAGUGUAAUUGCCAAGAUGUCGGGGAUCCACACGGUGAUUAUAUUUUCCCAACGUGUUCCUGCAGUUCUGGGUGUAUUCGUGAACCUGGGAAUGGAGAAAGUCUGUGUGCAAAGCAGCUUGUUCUAGAGCCUCUGGGAAUGAAAGAAAAUAUAGAGAAUAGUCAGAACGGGGAGUCCUCUUUAACUGCAAAGAGGAGGAAUGGGUGGGAUUCUUCCUCAAGUGGUGCAAAGGGCCGGAGCCAGAGUAGCGUGAUUUUAAAGGCAGGCAUCUUAGAGGAGAAGCUCAGAGAGGUCUUAACACAACAGCAAUCACCCUGUAGUUCCCCGAGGAAGCACAGAUCUCCAAACAGCGCAGGCAUGAACGGCGGCUCUUGCUGCAGCAGACAGAUCAGAAUUGAAUUUGCAGAUCUGUCCCCUAACCUGUCCAGCUUGGAAAACGUUCCUGCUCAUCCCAGCUGCCACCCACAGCUCCCUAGGGAUGAAUCUCACAACCUCGAGACUUGUCAAGCUGGCAAGAGCGGUAGCCACUUCCAUUCCUGUGAACUAGAGGACACAAAGAUGUCUUCAGAUGGAACUAGUGAGAAGACAGGGGUCACAGAUCUUGGUCCUUUAGAAAUUCACUUAUUACCGUAUACCUCCAAGUUUCCAACACCCAAGCCCAGAAAGACACGCGCCGCUCGUCUGCUUCGCCAGAAGUUCGUAGACACUCCUAGUGAAAGUAGCGAAGGGCCAGAGGAUUCAGACAAUGGCUCUUCUUGUCUCCCUGAAGAUAGUUGGAAGAACAAUAAAGUCAGUGUUCUGCAGCAGGAUGUUUUGUGUAACCAGGGACAAGUGGACAAAGUGAAGCCAGCGGAUCAAAGGGUGUUGCCUGGGGACUCCAAGAGUGACAGACAGGACCCUGUCAGCUCACGGAAAGCCGUGCGUCACGAAACGUCUUCUUUGGAAAAAGUGGCACCUUCUCAAGGUGCAGAUUCGACUUUGAGUUCUGACAGCACAGCAGACCGUGGUUCUGGAAGGUUACCUGCUGUGGACAAAGAGACUAGUUUUCUACACUGCGAAGCUCAGUCCUUGAGCUUGCCUAAGCAAGUCAAAUUACCCUGCACUGAACAACUGCCAACUACCUGUCACGUGGAAUUGUCUGUUCCUCAAUUACAAAAGGAACCUAAAAUUGUUCCCAAAAAACCCCAGAGACACAGCUUGCCUGCUGCAGGGGUGCUUAAGAAGGCUGCUUCUGAGGAACUUGUAGAAAAAAAUUCUUAUUCGACAAGUAAAGAAACAAAUUCAGAGAAAGGUCUACAAAGCAAUCACCUUCAACAUGUGGGUCCCUCAAACCACGGUAUGUCACCAUCCUCCUUUGAUAAGCCCAACCCGACUUCUGAAAAGCCAGUGUGGAAGUUACCUCAUCCUAUUUUACCUUUUUCAGGGAGCCCAGAAUCCUUGAAGCGUGUCACUUUAUCCUUAAAUAAUGAGCCUUCUAUUUCCCUAACCAAGCCAAGAGCAAAGUCCUUGUCUGCUGUGGAUAUGGACAGGUGCGAUAAACCUUGCAAAGAACCCCCGAAGAAAACUUCUUUUAAGAAGUUGAUUAACGUGAAACUGUCCAUUGGCCUCAUAAAGAGCGACUUUCAGAAAUUUAGGUCGAAAAGUUGCCAACAUGGGGACGUCACUACAGGUCAUCAGCUCAGUAGAGAGCCGAAAGGGCUUGGAAGGGAUGGGCAAGGUUUGGGGGCAGGAGACGAGAAGAGAAGUAAACCCAUCAAGGCAUAUUCUGCAGAAAACUGCAGCCUGGACGCUCAGAAGGUGAAGUCUUGGGGCCAGACCAGUGCAGCUAAUGGUCACAGAGCUGAGUCUUUGGACGACCAGCUGCUCUCUAGGAACUCCUCCUGUCCGGUGUCCUACAAGUCCAGUACAGGUGACUGUGUGCCAGAGUAUGAAAAUGUACGCCAUUAUGAGGAGAUCCCAGAGUAUGAAAAUCUGCCCUUCGUUUUGGCCGGAGGGAAAACUCCAGAGUUGGGGUGGCAGAAUUCCAGCAGCGUGGAGGACACGGAUGCAAACUUGUAUGAAGUAGAAGAGCCCUAUGAUGCUCCAGAUGGCCAGCUGCAGCUUGAUCCCAGACCCCAGCCUCCCAGUUCUGGAACAUCCCAGGAGGGGCAGGAUGAUCAUCUUGGUCUUGGUGACCUGCCCUCUGAUGAGGAAGUCAUCAGUAGUUCUGAUGAAGAUGAUGUCAGCUCUGAGUCCAGUAAAGGAGAGCCAGACCCGCUGGAAGAUAAACAGGAUGAAGAUGCUGGGAUGAAAAGCAAAAUCCAUCACAUUGCCAAGGAGAUCAUGAGCUCUGAGAAAGUGUUUGUGGAUGUGUUAAAACUUUUGCAUAUUGACUUCCGGGAUGCUGUAGCCCAUGCAUCCAGGCAACUUGGGAAGCCCGUGAUUGAGGACCGGAUCCUGAACCAGAUCUUGUACUACCUGCCUCAGCUAUAUGAGCUCAACCGGGAUCUCCUAAAGGAACUGGAGGAAAGGCUGCUGAGCUGGAACGAACAACAAAGGAUUGCUGACAUCUUCGUAAAGAAGGGGCCGUAUUUAAAAAUGUAUUCCACAUACAUCAAAGAGUUUGAUAAGAACAUAGCUCUGCUGGAUGAGCAGUGCAGGAAAAAUCCAGGAUUUGCUGCGGUUGUUAGAGAAUUCGAGAUGAGCCCCCGAUGUGCCAACCUGGCCCUGAAGCACUACCUGCUGAAGCCAGUUCAGAGGAUCCCUCAGUACAGGCUGCUGCUGACAGACUAUUUAAAGAACCUCCUAGAAGACUCUGCAGAUCACAGGAACACCCAAGAUGCCCUAGCUGUUGUUAUAGAGGUAGCCAACCAUGCCAACGACACCAUGAAGCAAGGGGACAACUUUCAGAAGCUCAUGCAGAUUCAAUACAGCUUAAGCGGACACCAUGAAAUUGUGCAACCUGGGCGGGUGUUUCUCAAGGAAGGCAUUCUGAUGAAGCUGUCUCGGAAGGUCAUGCAGCCCGGAAUGUUUUUCCUGUUUAACGAUGCCCUGCUGUAUACAACGCCCAUGCAGUCUGGGAUGUACAAACUGAACAACAUGCUCUCACUGGCUGGGAUGAAGGUCAGAAGACCCACCCAAGAAGCAUAUCAGAAUGAAUUAAAGAUCGAAAGUGUGGAACGUUCUUUCAUCCUCUCAGCCAGUUCUGCCACAGAAAGAGAUGACUGGCUGGAGGCCAUAUCCAGGGCCAUAGAAGAGUACGCCAAGAAGAAGAUCACCUUCUGCCCCAGCCGGAGCCUUGAUGAGGACUCAGACAAGAAAGAGGAAGUCAGUCCUCUUGGGUCAAAGGCUCCCAUCUGGAUUCCUGAUACCAGAGCCACCAUGUGUAUGAUGUGCACAAGUGAAUUUACCCUGACCUGGAGAAGACAUCACUGCAGGGCCUGUGGGAAGAUCGUGUGCCAAGCCUGCUCGUCAAAUAAGUACGGCUUAGAUUACCUGAAAAGGCAACCUGCAAGAGUGUGUGAACACUGCUUCCAAGAACUGCAGAAAUUAGAUCACCAGCUGCCCCCUCGGAUUGGAUCCCCUGGGAAUCACAAGUCCCCUUCAAGUGCCUUGUCAUCAGUCUUGCACAGUAUCCCAUCGGGGAGGAGACAGAAGAAAAUCCCAGCUGCUCUCAAGGAAGUGUCAGCAAACACAGAAGACUCUACCAUGAGUGGCUACCUUUACAGAUCCAAGGGCAGCAAAAAGCCCUGGAAACACUUAUGGUUCGUCAUCAAAAACAAAGUACUCUAUACAUACGCCGCCAGCGAGGAUGUGGCAGCUUUGGAGAGUCAGCCUUUAUUAGGAUUUACCGUCACGCAAGUCAAAGAGGAGAAUUCAGAGUCCAAAGUGUUUCAGUUACUGCACAAAGGCAUGGUGUUUUAUGUAUUUAAGGCAGAUGAUGCCCACUCCACCCAGAAGUGGAUAGAAGCAUUUCAGGAGGGCACAGUAUUAUAGCAAGUGGUCUUGGCCUCAUUUCUUCUGUGAUUCCGACAAGGUGGAGGCUCCGCUCAGCAGAAGGCAUGUAAAAAUGAACACUGCCAUGAUAAAUCCACCCACGGCCUUUAGGAGUUAAACUGUUUUGUUAGGUAUAUACAGUCUUAAAAAUGUGUUUCAUGUAUGUUAUUUAUUAAAAUGCUGAUGUUUACUUGCUGGUCAGGAUUGUUUCUGACACUCACACUGAAUUCUAAAGUACUGUUUAGAGACUCAAACUUACCUUAAUACUGUAUAUCGUACACUAUUGAUGUACCGUCCACACUGUUGUCUCUGCCUUGCAUUACGACACUUUUCGCUGUUGGGAAGUCUUUGCAAGUAAAACACACACAUUAAGUAGCACGUGACCAUACAGUGUCUGGUGUAGAAAUUCCAAUUACCAAAUUGCUGGUGAAAAUGUCUUUGAAUCACUAAACCUAGAUGAGAUUUUCUGAUAUUGCAAUCGAGAUCCACAUAGCCAGCUUCUACCUCAUGAACUGUCGAGUGAAAUCCCAACAGUCUGUACUGAUCACUGUGUCCCCGCCUCACCCCCCCCCCUACCCCCCAACCCCACAGGAUCUUGCUAAUCGCCAGGCUGGCCUCGAACUAACUGUGCAGCUCAGGCAGACCUUGAACAGCCUUCUGCCUCAGCCUCUGAGCGACUGGGAUUAAAGGCCAGCACCGCCAUGCCAGGUCUUUAUUGAAAACUGCCAAUUCAGUGUAAAUGUGAUUUUCCCCCACUUGGUUUUCUGAGACAGAGGCUCACUCCGGAGUCCCGGCUGGCCUGGGACUCACCUGCUUGCUUCUCAAGUGCUGGGAUUACAUAUGUGUGCCACCAAGCUCUGAUUACAUAACAGAAUAUGGCAGGUGACAUGCUACCCAAUAUCCCCUGCUGUUCUUAAGAGUUCAGAGCCCAAGUCAUUGGAGGUAUUGACAUCUAAAAGGAUGUCAUAUUUCCUGUAACGUGUAUUUUAAAAGUGAUCUGAAAUCACUGUGUUUUAUGUCACUUUGAUUUGUUUCCCUUGACUUUUAAAAUUCACUCUUCCUGUGAUCCUCUGUCUCCUUGAGACACUGACCGUCCGUGCAGCCCAGGCUGCCCUCACCCCUCAUCCUGCCUCAGCCUUCUGUGUACGGGAGUAAUGGAUGGAUGCUACCACACCAGACUUUGCCAGUCAGCGUCCCUCUUAGGAGAGGUUCAUAGUCUUAAUUCUGGCGCACACUUACUGUUUAACCUGUAAACCCCCUGGCACAUAACGUUGUUGAUUGGCCGCAGAAGAAUGUGCUUAAAAUUGUUUCACUGUUUAAAUAUUUUGUUGACUGAGUUUAAACCACCAGCUAAAAGGCAAGGUUAUCCAUAAAAUACUAAAGGAUGCAAGGGUUUUCUGCUUCUUUAUAUGUGAUUUUAAUCUAGUGUGAUGUCAGUAGUUGAGAAUUAUGUCCUAGAUACUAUUUUUUCAUCAUGAACUUUCAUGAGACCUUCUGGAUGCCACUUGCUGCAGACCUGAGGUAGCAGAUGCAGUUUUUCUUGGCUGCUUCCGGCUAUGGCAUGAUUUGAAACCCUGUGCAAUCCCACACAACCCUGCACGCAACUUUCUUCACCACUGGAGGUCAGCCCCUUCUUUGAAACGCCUUUUAAUUGGGUGAUCUAAAUGUUUCCCAUGUAGACAUAGGUGUAAUGUGUGCAGUGUAUUCCUUUUGGAGACCAGGGUUAUUUAUACUUUAUAUUUCCACCUUUUGCCCUCUUGGAAUUCUCAGCCUCUAAGAUUUGCUCAUGAGCCUCAAAAAGUCUAAGAAGUAUUAACCAGUAUUCUGGAUCAAGGAACUCUUCAGAAUCCAAAUACAUAUGAAGAGAAAUUAGCACGCAAAGUAAUUCCCAUGUGGUGGAAUUUGUACAUGAUUAUAAUUGCUAAUUGCUUAGUCUAUGGAAAGUUUUGAAAAAGACACUAUGCAAGCCCUCAGAUAGUGCACCCCCCCCCCAAUAAAACCAUUCCAAUGUGGUCCCUCCCUGACCCCUUCAUAACCUAGUAAAAAUGGUCAAUAAUUUAUUUAGCAUGGCUCACUCAAUGGCAAAUAAGAAUAUAUUUAUAAUUUGCUAUAAAACUACUUUUAAAAAUAUUACACUGAACCCAGGGUCUCUAAGCAGACACUGUACCCAUAAGCUGCCUCCAUUGCUAACAUUUAAGAGUGAACAACAGUGCUGCCAUCAAACCUUGCUCUGGUGUCUCCUAAGCUCAGCUAGAGAGUAACCUUAGACAAGAUGGCAGACUGAGCUAGGAGAGGUGAUAUUCUCAGCGGCCCUGAGCGGUGUUCUUCCUCCGUCUGCAGCAUGUCCUAAGAGAAUGAAAAGGGCCAUGUUUCUGAACCUCUUCCCGUUUUCUGAUGAACAAGCAUUGUUCUGUUUUCCCCGAUGGCCCGCGUUUUCUCCAGUAAGAAGCUUGAUUCUUUAUUUACUAACAUUUUUAAACAAUGAAGCCAGAGGACAGCAACUCAGAAGUACGUUUUUCUUAGCAACCUAUGUAGGAAUGGAGGAAGCCUCUUACUGAGACCCUAGUGUAAUCAUCACAAUGUGGGGCUGUGCCUUGAAUGUACUUCCACUGUGCUCAUGGUAGUCAAAAGGCUGGAAUUUCCAGAGGGAACUCCUAUCUCAUUGUACUGUAUGAUCCUUUCCAAUAGAUUCUGUAUGUCCUCUCUCCAUUUCUCCUGAAUCUUCAGCUCUUUAGCUGAAAACAGCCAGGACAGGAUUCCCAAGGUGUUUUGAGUAAGACUUGCACUGUUUUUCUCAAGACAGCUUCUCUGCCUCGUCCUCAGUCUUGUCCCUGCCUCGGGGACACUGAAAUAGUGUCCAAAGCCCUAUUCUAACACAGAUCUUUUGCCCUGCUCCCCGCAUCCCGCAAGGCCACACUGGUGGCAUGGCUAACACUCGCUUUCCUCCUAUUCAAGCCUGUUUCCUUCUGCAAUAAAAAGACAACAGAUGGGGCUCUAGGAUCUGUCUCAAGUCUCUCAGGUUUCUUCCAGCCUUACUUCUGCCCUUAGAGUUGCUGGAGCUUUCUCUCUGAGCUGGGGGCACAGCGCAGUUAGAUGCCACUUGCCUCCUAUAUAUGAGGCCCGGGGUCCAAUCCCUUAUCUAGAAAAACAGUUUUUCUUUUUCUGAUUCCAACGCCUCCUUUGUGUGAUCUGUUUUAAACCUUGCCAAAGCAAUGUGCCUAAAGCAGAGUUAAUUUAAUUCCGAUUCCUGAAGACGGCAGUGGCAUUCCCAGUUUGACACAGAUCAGUGCCUCCGAGCCCAUACACUCCAAGUGAACCCACUUCAGAUUGCUUCCUUCGUAGUUUCCAUUGUUCUCAUGUCAAUCAGCGCGGCUCUGCUUCCUGGUUCUCUGACACUUGACAGUGAUGGGGUCCUUUGCUCCUCCUCUCCCUUAGACUAGCUAUAUCCUUUCCUGUGCUCCUAGAAUCUUUUCCUGUGCUCCUGUUCAUAAACAGACUGCCAUCAUUCUUUCCGAGUUCUGUUCUUGAAGACAGCUUACCGUGUUCGCUGGAGGUUUGCCACAUCUAGGUGCCUUCCAUGCAGUGGAUAAAUGCUUGCUUGUUAAGUAUCUUCUAUGAGUCCCUAAGAAGUGUCUUCAGUAGACAUACUCUGGAGCCUUUGCUGCUUUCAAUGUCUUUUUCUGAAUAGAAAUCCCUGGUGUUCUUCCCUUACGAGAAAGGUUAGUUCACUCUAGGAAAGAAGCCUAAGAAGGAAAACAAGUUUAUGUACCACACUGCAAUGACAGCAGCGGUCCUGACAACAACAACAACAACAAAACCCAACUAAGUAUGAAAAUAUCCUUUUUCCUUUGGGGUGAGGAGUGGAUGGAGACAACAUUCCCUUUCAUAGAAUUACUUGCUGCAUGUGAGAACCAGUUUCAAAAAUACUUUUAAAAUGACUUUUAAUGUUUUUCUCAAAACUGUUUUUUACUUAAAGGGAUAUUGGUUUGUAUCUUACUGUUCAUAUAAAGAUCAUUUAUAAAUAAAAAUAGCAUUGUAAAUAAUGUUAAUAUGUACUAUAAUUUAUACAAAAUAAAUUUACUAUAAUAUCUACUGCCAGUGUGG